AUGGAAACAAACAGAACCGAAGACUUCCCUUCGCACUGGAAAGCAACACUCCUCGGCGAAGCUUUCUGGAAAGACGCAGAGCGGUUCAACCAGCCCAUCAACGACAGCAUCGAAGCCACUUUACAUUUACAUUUGAGGUUUCCUUUCAACCUGACUCCUGCAAGACUCCCGCCUAUCGAGGACGUUGCGAAGGAAGUAGAGGUCCAAAAAAAGCAACGCCGUCGCUUUAGCAUGAGCGACGCGCUGGGUUUCAACUCGUUCUCCAGCGCUCGAAGUUCACUCUCUCAAAGCCGUUUCUUCGAUCUGGGCAAAAGCUCGCGCUCACGCUCUCAAUCUCGCUCCCCAACCCGAGCCCCGAGUAUCUCGUCAGAAACCCGCCGUCGCCGCUUCCGCACCCCCUUCAAUAUGGCAAGUAGCAAGAGGAACGAGAAGAUCGAGUCCGUCCUGGCUACCCCGACCCCCCUGGAGCCAGGCACACCAGCAAGACCUCUCAUAUACUUCCGCGGCGGAGCAACCUGGAACCACCUCCCGAAGGACCUGACUGCAUUAGGAAUCGAUGUCUUCUGGCCCGUCAAAGAGGGCCAGGACGUCGAGGAGAACAUGCUCAACAUUGAAGAAAUGGCUCCACUUUGCCAGUUUCGCAACCUGCGCACGCUGAAAAUCACGGGGAUGAUGCAGUCGUACCAGAAGUAUAUCUGGCAGGCCGCCUGGCUCAAUACCGAGCUCGAGGAGCUAGAGCUGGGGAUGGCGCUUGAGCCUAGGAUCCGCCGUAGGGCUAGUAAGAGAUGGCCCUAUAUCAAGGGCGGCUGGAUGCUUGAUGGAGCACAUCACAGCGAGCCAGUCUACUACGGCCAUGCAGGCGAUGGAACCCUCGACCCCAAAAUCGGAGCCGGCGAGUACCUCGACAAAACUGCCAUUGAGAAAGCCAAAGUCCGCGCCAUGGUCAUGGGCCGUACGCUGAACCGCCUCUCCAUCAAGACGCUGACCCUGACCGGCUUCGUGGUCGAUGCUGACCCCUUCAUCCACUGGUUUGACCCCAAGCAUCUCAAAUGCAUAAACUUCAAGGAUUUUUGCGUUGAUGCCGGCUUCUACCUGCCCUGGCCGAUGAGGAAGGUGGCGAUCCACUACCCGCGCGAUGUAUCGAUGGAGCCGGUGCCCGCUCGCAGGAUCGACCCGCUCAGAGAGUUGAAGGUUAUCGAGCUAAAGGGCGGGAAGAAAGUUGGGGAAAUGCCGUUCCGUGGUUCUGAGAGCCUUAAGCAGCUUCCUCUGCGGAACCCGUUCCGGAGGAAGGCUUCCGUGAAGAAGCGAGACACAGAUGGAGAGAUGUAUCAGGGAAGAAAGGCUAAUCAUUAG